AUGGAAGAUCUUCUGGAGGAUCUCAACACGAGUUUGCUUGACAGGAUAAAGGCAUCGUUACAGGACUCAACAGAGUAUGGCAUAGUAGGACCGGAGUUCGAGUCUGUCGAGGCCAUUCUUGAUCAACUUUUCCGUUUCUCCAGAGCUAUACGUCGAUCAGGCAUCCUUCAUAGACUUGUGAAGAUUGCAAACCACAUCGAAUAUGACGCCGAUGGAGUCAACCUUACGGCAACGUUCCAUGCCGGCAUAAGUAGACUUGUCGAGCACUACUUGAAAGGAUGUACUGCUAGCGAGGAGCUACGUGAUCGGCUGGUAGAGACGAUAUGUUUACGUCGACAAAACUUUUCGUACCUCAAAGCUCAAAGAGAAUCACGUUCCUCGAGAAAGCCAACAAAAAUACCGACUCAAGCCGCUUCCCGAGCAAGGUCGACUCUAACUUCGAGUUUCAGUAUCAAUAUGCCAGUGUUUACGGCAACAAGAAAGAUAAAACCUAUUGACUUGGAUCCUAUUCCUGAAUUAAGGCAAUCAGUUAUGACAGCAACAACAGCACAGGUUGAAAAUGUCCCGAUCAAUCAUUCGAUUCAGUCAUCCGUAAGUACUGAUCAACAACAGCGGGAUAACGAAGAGGAUGCACUGAAGUUGGAGCUUCCGCGGCCACCUGAGAUUCCCUUUGGCCUCAGAGAGUGGGAAUGUCCUUACUGCUUGAUAGUUUGCCCUGUCGAGGAUUUCAAUUUAGAGAACUGGACGUAUGUGAGACAAAUAUCCGACUAG